UUGCUCGGCGGCUUGCGCAUGAUGACCUCCAGAGGCUUGUGAUCGGACUGCACAGUUACUGGUCUUCCAUAGACAUACUGGUGGAAUCUCUUAGCGGCAAACACUAUGGCCAGCAACUCUUUCUCUAUCUGCGCGUACCUCUUUUCUGUGUCGGUGAGUGCUCGUGAGGCAUAGCACACUGGGCGGCCAUCCUGCAGCAGACAGGCUCCCAGUCCGUCUUUUGAGGAUUCAGCGGCUGUUUGUGAUCGUAGUACCUCAGCCCUGGGGCUUAUGUGAGGGUGGACUUCAGUGUCUGUAGUGCUGAGUCGUGGUGUGGGCACCACUGCCAAGCUACAUCUUUCUUAAGCAGCUGUCUGAGGGGUGCUGUGAGUGAGGCUUAAUUCGGUAUGUACUGUGCGAGGAAUUUUGUCAUUCCCAGCAGUCUUGCGGUGUAGGAAUGGAAUAGUGCUGACGCUUAACUGCCUAAUUCAGGUUGCAAGGAUCCAAACACAUUCUUAGCGCACCGUUCUUUUUCUUUGUGACAUCACUUUUCUGUUCUGUAAGUCUUUGAGUGUCUCUCUCAGUGAAUCCAUGAUGGAGAGGGGCACAUUUCGGCAUGCAUGAAUCACAGGCGUGACGCUGGGGUCAAUGUGUAUGUGAUGAACACCGGGGACUCGCCCAAUCCUGUGAAGACCUCUGCAUACCUCUGUAGCAUCUCCUCUUUGGUAGCUGGAGCUUUUCCUGGUUGCGGGGAUCUUGCUGUGAGUGCCUCAACUCUUCUCACCAGCUGCAGCUCCUCACAUGCAUCUCCACCCAGAAUCGGCUUGUCGGCUCGGCUUGACACAUGAAAGUCCAGCAUAGCUUUAUGUUUGGUCGUCCUGCAUUCUAGAGAUUCAACACCAUCUGUGGGCAGGCGGGCUCCACCAAAUGCAAUUAGUACAGUCUCUGUGGGCCGUAGCUGAAUGGGACCUGGUAACUUCCAGAACAUGUGCAUGGUAAGCACAUUUGCAUCGGCGCCUGUGUCCAGCUUGAAGUUAAUUGCUACGCCUCUGACUGUGGCUGUUUCAUGCCAUACAGUGCCGUUAGCUUGGUGAGCUGUUUUCCUUUCGCACUUUCCAACCAUGCCUAUGUAUAAGGAGUCAACUUCACUCUCCAAAGUAUUUGUCUUUGUCUAGUAGCUGCUGCUUUUCUCAGUGCUAGCUCAACAUACCUUAGAAAAAUGGUGGUUCUUACCACAUUUAUGGCCCACUGCACCAUAAGCUGGGCACUGAUGGGGUUGCUUGUUUCCACAUUUAUGGAAGACAGUCGUUACGUGCCUCUUGCUGCUGGUUUUGCUCUUGUUCCAGCUGCCCGUGCACGUUUUCCCUUUUGCUUUCCUUAAAGCAUCUACUGAGGUGUCUUGGACAACCUGUGACGUCUGCAUUGCUUGUAUUUGGGACUUAGCGAGCUCUGCUGAUCUGCACGUUUCCAUGGCUCCGCGCAAAGUGAGCGCAUUAUCACGCAACAGCCUCUCCAUCAGGCGAAUAUCGUUUAUGCUAAACGCUAAUUUAUCCCUAAUCAUGUCAUCUUCAUUUCUGCCAAACUCAGUCUUUGCUCUUCAGGCGUAGCUCUGUGACGAAUCUGUCCACCGAUAUUCCUGCUGACAUCACGUGUGACCAGAAUUGAUGGCGUUCGAAAACCACGUUCUUUCGAGGGCUGCAGUAGUCCGUGAAGGCUUGGAGAACAUCCUCCAUUGUUUCUUCAUCUCCUUCUGGGAUGAUGGUGACCGUGUUAUACACUUCUAGCGCCUCCUCGCCGACAGUAUGGAACAGAAUGGCUAUUUUAACCGUCUCUUCCUUAUCCAACGCACCUGAAGCGGUCAUAUACAGCUGGAAACGUUGUUCCCAUCUUCUCCAGUUUUCAGCUAUAUUCCCGUUUGUCCUGCCCCACACCCGAGGAAGCUCCCAUGGCCAGACCCGCAUCAUCCGCAAGGCCUACCAGCAGGAUUUCUACACCCACAUGAUGGAAGAAUGCUAUGAGCUGUGGGCCCAGCUGGAGAGAGAGGCGGGUGUAAAGCUGUACAGACAAACAGGGCUCCUGGUGAUGGGACCAGAGGAAAGUCAGGGUUACCAGAUGAUUAAGAACACCCUGCAAAAAAACAAGGUUCCUAUAGAAAUCCUGAACCGUGACAAUUUCUCACAGCACAUCCCCAAUGUCAACCUGGCUCUAGGAGAUGGCGCAAUGGUGGACAUAACCGCUGGAGUUCUGUAUGCUGACCGUGCACUCAAGACUGUACAGAGGCAGUUCGAGAAGUUGGGUGGAGUCAUUAGAGACAAUGAACAGGUAACCGACGUCAAGCCUGGCCCGGUUGUGACAGUGACCACCUCUGCCGGUGUGUAUCGAGCCAAGAGUGUGGUGGUCACCGCUGGACCUUGGGCUAACAGACUGCUGGCCCACACUGGCUUACAGUUGCCACUCACGGUGGUGAAAAUCAACGUGUGCUACUGGAAAGAGAAGGUUCCUGGAUCAUACAAUGUGAAGCAGCGCUUUCCCUGCUUCUUGCUGACUGAGUUCGAGGAGACCAAAGACAUCUACGGCCUCCCGUCUAACGAAUACCCGGGCUUAAUGAAGAUAUGCUACCAUGGGGGGAGUGAGACGAACCCAGACCAGAGAGACAAGACGACAAACAGGUCGGAUAUUGACAUCCUCCAACGCUGCGUUGCCUGCUGUUUUCCGGGCCUGGUCCCGGAACCUGCUGUGGUGGAGAGCUGCUUGUACACUCUCACGCCCGACCAUCAUUUUGUGCUGGACUGUCACCCGUCGCACAGCAACAUUGUAUUCGGAGCUGGAUUCUCAGGCCAUGGCUUCAAGUUUGGACCAAUAAUUGGAAAGCUCCUCUGUGAGCUCGUCCUGGGAGAAGUGCCCUCCUAUGACCUUUCACCUUUUCGAAUCAGACGUUUCCAGGAUAAGACCAAAUCAGCAUUAUAGAGCUGGGCUGGAUACCAAGAGCAUCGACAGAACCAGAAGUCUUAUCUCAUUGUGGCGGAUGUAUGAUUUGAUAUUGUCAUGUCAAUUCAUUCCUGUUGUUAAACACAAUCACACCAUCACGUAGUCCUAUCAUUUGUCCUCCCUUUUAUUUGAUCUAUCAAUGUGUAUUGUCAGUUUCACAUGGUGUAAUCGGCUGUCUAGCUGCAGUGGGUCCUAAAAGUCAGUUUUUACACAUACAGGCAGGGCCGGCUCUAGCCCAUUAGCUGCCCUAGACGAUACUAAGAUGUGCACCCCCCCCAUCUACCACCUAGGGGCACUUUGAACCACAUUCAUUCUAUGUAAUCAUUUGAUAUACAUUAUAGGUACACUAUGCUGUAUGUAUUCUACUGUACAUUUAUAUCUGAUAAAUGUACUACAGGCUAUAUAAUGGUCUCAGAACAUUUACAUUUUUAGUAACUCCAACAACAAAUGAAUUCGCUAUCUGGCUUUAUGUGCGCCUUGUUUAUACAUUCUGCGCUGUCCCUGCCAAAUAAAUACAAAUAAGAUUUAAAAGAUAAAUUAGGCUGUAGUGUAGAUUCAGGGUUGUGCCUGUUGCUCCUUCACCUGAAGGCAAAUACAUACAAUUGAUAUUCAUCGUUUAAUACAGAUACAUUAUGGCAAUAGGCAAUACAAUGACUGAUUUUUUUUUUCUUCAUAUGUUGAGAUUCAUCACUGAUCUUGUGAGUCAUAAUACGACUGGCAGUGAAUACAUCAAAAUCAGUGGUGUUUAGUGGAGUAAACAUUUAUUCAAACAUUUGAAAUCUGCAUUGUUUUGUAAGCUUUUAAGUGUAAAGUAAAAUAAAUACAUUUUACUAUAUAAGACAGAACUGCUCCUGCCCUUGCAAACGCAGCUCUUACGCUCGACUUGUGAUCUGACAAAUAAAUCUACCACAACGAGA